ACCCAGACAAACUACAGCACGGAACCUCCACUAUAACGAGUUAACAAUUCAAUUACUUGUCUGCGCCUGAGUGACCGCUUCUCUUUCUCUAUAGAAAACCCAAAUCCUCUGGAUGGAGGACUUCCCAUCUUCCAUCACGAGCAACAAACCGUUACCCUAAUUUCUCCUCAUCGCAGACCCUAAGUAGUACUCCACUUUUGGACUCCAUUAGAUUCCACCUUAAUUUUGCAGGUUGCAGCAACGAGAACAUUAGGCUACAGGCGACAGAGAAGAGGAUUUAAGAUGUUUUCCUGGAGCCUAGCGAAAUCGGCGGAGGCCGUUUUCUCGGAGUGGGCGGUGAAGCGGCUUUUCAAGUUCUUGUUGAAGAAGAAAUUAGGACAAUUCUUGUUGGGGGAUAUCGAUCUUAACCAGCUUGAUAUCCAGCUCAGCCAAGGCAUCAUCCAGCUUAAUGAUCUUGCUCUUAAUGUUGAUUAUCUUAACCACAAGAUUGGUUCCACAUCAGUGAUUGUAAAAGAAGGAUCAAUUGGUUCUCUAUCAGUUAAAAUGCCUUGGAAGAGUAAAGGUUUUCAGGUUGAGUUAGAUGAGCUUGAGCUUGUGCUUGCGCUUGCACCUUGUCCAAGGAAUCAAUCACCUGCAGGAGAUGAGAAUGAUGGUUUUGAUCAAGAUAGUAAUAUUGAUAUGCAAAGUGAGGGAGGAAGUCAUGGGCAUGAUAUGAUGGAUAAUUCUGCAAAAUCUAGUUCAACUGUUGUUCAUGAAGGUGUUAAGACAAUUGCAAAGGUGGUUAAAUGGUUUCUGACAAGCUUCCAUGUAAAUGUAAAAAAGUUAAUUAUUGCGUUUGAACCAGAUUCAGGGGAUGAGAAGAAGGUUGGUUGUCAGAAAACAUUGGUUCUUCGAAUAUCUGAAGCAGAAUGUGGAGCUUGUGUGUCUGAAGAUGCUAAGUCAAAUUCAGAUAUAAGUGUUGAGAGCUUUCUAGGAAUAAGUCAGCUAACAAACUUUAUAAAGUUCCAAGGAGGGGUGGUUGAACUGCUUAAGAUGGAUGAUGUUGAUAAUGAAACUUGCUCUCCUUGUCCAGCAGGUUCAAGUUCUGGCGAGUUGUUUUCAGGGCAUUGUCCAUCUAAUGCUACUCCAAUUCUGACUGGGAGUAAAGGUGGAUUUUCAGGGAAUUUAAAGUUAAAUAUCCCUUGGAAGAAUGGUUCCUUAGAUAUUCGUAAAGUGGAUGCAAACAUUUCCAUUGAUCCUGUGGAAUUGAGGUGUCAACCUAGUGCAAUUAAGUGGUUGUUAGUUUCAUGGGAAACUUAUUUGGAUAAGGAGAUGCAAAGCAAUUCAACAGACAAUGUUGAUUUGAACUCUGCUUCUCAUUUUUGUUCAUCAACUUCCAUUCCUGCUAUGGUUGCCCCUGAUAAUGUGAUCCCUGAUCAUGGUUCUUUUUUCUCUGCUUUUUAUUCUUUGACUAUGCAAGAAUCAACGAGUGAAGCUAUGCUAGCUGGAUCACAUCUUAUACCUGAUUGGGUUCCAAAUUCUAUCAAAGACGUUAACAAAGAUGGUAGCCAAGAACUUGAUCUUGGGGCAAGCAUGGAUCAGUUCUUCGAAUGUUUUGAUGGAAUGAGAAGUUCACAAUUAUCACCGGGAAGCAGUGGGAUGUGGAACUGGACAUGUUCUGUUUUCAGUGCAUUAACUGCUGCAUCCAGUCUUGCAUCUGGAUCUUCGCAUAUCCCCUUAGAACAGCAGCAUGUUCAGACUAACCUUCAAGUGAAUUUGGCUGGAAUUUCUAUCAUAUUAUCUUUCAAAGAUGAAGAUCAGGAGUAUUUGUAUGGUUCAAAGGGUGAUCAAAGUAGUAAUGGUUUACAUGUUCAUUAUAUGGUUGCAGAAUGCAAAGACAUUUAUGUUGCCUUGCAGAUAUGUCCUCAAGAAAUGAGAUUUGAAGGAAAAGUGCAGCAUAUUGAGGUUGCUGAUUACUCAUGCAAUGAAAAUGAUGUCAUGAACCUUCGCUUGACAGAGUGCAGUACUGUUAGCAACAGUGCAACUCUUAAGAUUCAACAAAUGCAAGGAGAAGUUCAAGCUGCUCUUCCUCCACUUUCUUCACCUGUCAAAGAUCCUGAUUUAGGUGAAUUAAGUGUUCAAAAUGCUUUAGAUGUUUUUAGAAAUAUGACAAAAGUCAAAUUGCUCAGUACCUCAGGUGUCACUCAUUGCCAAUUUGCUAUAAAUUCUGAUUUGUUAGAUGAAAGUUUAAAAGGGUCAACAUCAUUUUCAGUGCAAUUGCCACAUUUCAUAUUUUGGGUGAACUUCUGGUCUAUACAUAUGUUACUGGAUCUUCUGAAGGAUAUUGGAGAAUAUGUGAAGAUGAAUGGUAAGAGGAAUAGAUUUUCUCCAGUGAAUCAAAAGUGUAGAACGUCUCUUGGCAAUGAGAAAAAGGGUUCAUGUACUGUUGUUGCAACAUUGUCUUCCACAGAAAAAUUAAAAGGCAAUAUAUCAAUCCCUAAUGCGAGGAUAAUUAUAUGUUUCCCCUUGGGAACUGGCAAGGAUAUUGGGGGCUACUUUUCCUGGGUUCAUUUUAUUGCUGUUGACUUCACAUCACCAUCAUCUUUUGGGAAGGGAAAAGUUCAAGACACUAGUUUAUCAUCAGAUACCUGUUCUUGGAAACAGUAUAGUUCUAAGGUCACACGCUCUUUGCAUUUGAAUGCUGGUAAUCUAAAUAUUUACUUGGUCAAUCCUACAUGUAAAAGUGAUGCUGAAAUCAAUUCAUCUGGUGUGCCAAGGCAGAUGUUUUGUGCUCAGAAGAUUUUAUCCAUCAGCAACAGAGUUGGUUGUCUUUCUACUGUUAGUAUGUUUUGGCAGGAUGGUUCUCUGACUGGUCCUUGGAUAGCUGAGAAAGCCAAGUCCUUGGCUAUUUCAGAGGAAUCCAGGAGCAGGGAAAAGACUGCAGUGAAAGGUUAUGAAUUUGCCUCUGUAACUUCUGUGAAGGGUCUGGAAGACACAAAUUCUCAAACUCGGAAAGAGAUACUUUUGAGCUCUGCAUUUUUCCUGCAUAUUCAUCUAUUUCUUGUUUCCAUUGAUCUUGGCAGUCCUCAAUAUGGUAAUUUGCAUAAUCUUUUGGAUCAGAUGAUUAAUGGAUUAUCAGGAGCAGUCUGUGACCCAAUAAAUGCUAGGGAAGUGUUGUCUGUGCCUCAAACAUCAAUCCUUGUGGAAUGUGCUUCUGUAGAGAUUGUAGUUAGACCAGAUAUGAAGGAGGAUGCAAAAAAUUCAUUGCAGAGUGAACUUCCUGGAUCUUGGCACUGUUUUAAAUUGAAAGUUCAAAAGUUUGAUAUGUUGUCUGUUUCGAAUAUUGGAGGCAUUGGGAGUGCCAAUUUCUUUUGGAUGGCCCAUGAAGAAGGUAAAUUGUGGGGUUCAAUCACUGGGGUUCCAGAUAAGGAGUUUCUUCUGAUUUCUUGUAGCAACUCUACAAGGAAACGCGGUGAUGGAGGAGGUUCAAAUGCUUUAUCUUCUAGGUUGGCUGGUUCUGAUAUUGUAUACCUAUGGGAUCCAAAGAACUUACAUGAGUCUACAUCUGUUACUGUCAGAUGUGGCACAGUUGUGGCUGUUGGUGGUCGCUUGGAUUGGUUUGAUGCAAUAUCCUCCUUUUUCACCAUGCCUGCGCGUGAAAUCGAGAAAGCGGGUGAUGAUAAUUUGCCAGAGGGGGAUAUGAAUGCACCUUGUGUAAUAGCUUUCAUUCUCAAAUUGGUUGAUAUUGGUUUAAGUUAUGAGCCCUAUUUGAAGAAUUCAGUGGUUGCUGAUCUCCCUCCUGAGUCCAGUUACUCAUAUUUCAAAGAUGAAACCGGAAAGCCACAUGUUGCUUGUCUGUUAGCUGCAUCUUCCUUGACUCUUUUGAAUACAACUACAGAGGCUUCUAUGAAUAAUGACUACAAAAUUAUAGUGCAAGAUUUGGGUUUCCUUCUCUGUGCAGCAUUUGAGAAUCCUGAUGGCACUUACAGUGUGGAGCAUCUUCAUGAGAUGGGUUAUGUUAAAGUUGCACAGGAGGCAUUUGUUGAAGCAAUUUUAAGAACCAACUGUAAGAAUGGUCUUUCAUGGGAGUUAGAAUGUUCAGAUUCCCACGUUUUUGUGGAAACCUGCCAUGAUACUACCUCUGGUUUGAUACUGUUGGCUACUCAACUCCAACAGCUUUUUGCUCCUGAUUUGGAGGAAUCGAUUGUGCACUUGCAGACUCGAUGGAAUAAUGUUCAUCAAUCCCAAGAGAGAAAUGAAUUCAAUGACGAUUGUAGGACACCCGAUAAUAAUUCAGCUUUGUUAACAUGUCAAGUGCAUGCCUCUAGUGGUGAUGCAAAUAAUAAACUGGGGAUUGUUGGUUUAAUGGAUGAGAUAUAUGAAGAUGCAUUUAAUUUGGAUGGGAAUCAGGACUGCCAAUAUUAUUCUAAUGAAUCACAAGUUCAUGUUUCAUUUGAUGAAAGCCUCCUUGGAGAGGCCUUCUGCCCAAGUAUUAGAGCUCCUGAAUUUGUCUCUGAUGAUGUAUCUUUUGAUGGGUCUACUCCUCUAAUAGGACUAGAAAGUAGUCAAACCUCAUAUUUACAGAAUGGUUCCUUGCCAGAACUUAUAGAAGGCUAUUGCUUGUCUGAGUUACGCCCAUUGUCAGAAUUGUCCUUUGGCAGGCAGUUGCCAUCUGAGAUUAUUAAAUCCCGAUCCAGGAAUUUUGGGGAUGGAGAUCUUGGAAGAGGAAAUAGUGGAUGGUAUAAGGAUACUUCUUUAAGCAUUAUUGAAAAUCACAUUUCUGAAGAAAGUGAAGAAGCCAGCUUGAAUAAGGUUUUGGAAGACAAGCUUUCAUCUUCUGACCGUAUAAGAGCUGAUAAUUUUGGAAAGCCCAUGGGGUGUGUACUUCUUAAGAACAUUAAUGUAAGCUGGAGAAUGUUUGCUGGUUCUGAUUGGCAUACACAUGAAAAGAAUGGUGGGUCUUCUAGAAGUCUUCAUGGAAGGGAUACAACUACUUGUCUAGAGCUUGUACUAUCUGGGACACAAUUUCAAUACGACCUGUUCCCUGUUGGUGGAAUAUGUGCUUCUAAGCUUUCUCUUUCAGUUCAGGACUUUUACCUUUAUGACAGGAGCAAAUCUGCACCUUGGAAACGGGUACUGGGAUAUUAUCGUUCAAAAGAUCAUCCUAGGGAAUCCUCUUCAAAAGCACUUAAGCUAGGCUUGGAAGCUGUCAGACCAGAUCCUCUAACCCCUCUUGAGGAGUACCGGUUGCGCAUAGCUUUGCUUCCUAUACUAUUGCAACUUCAUCAGAGCCAACUUGAUUUUCUCAUUGGCUUUUUUGGUGCAAAAGGCUUAUCAACUGAUCAGUUUUCAGAUCCUAAUCAAAAUUCAGGUGGUGCAAAACCACAUGCAACAAAAAAUCUUGCAGGACAUAGAAUUGCAGAUGAGGCAUUGCUUCCCUAUUUUCAGAAGUUCGAUGUAGAUCCUAUUGUUCUUCGGGUUGACUACAGUCCCCAUCACGUAGAUCUAGCAGCGUUGGGAGGUGGAAAGUAUGUGGAACUUGUAAACCUUGUCCCUUGGAAGGGGGUUGAGCUUCAACUCAAAUGUGUUCAUGCUGUUGGUGUCUAUGGCUGGGGCAAUGUAUGUGAAACAACUAUCGGGGAGUGGUUGGAGGAUAUUUCUCAAAAUCAGAUACAUAAAGUUUUGCAAGGCCUUCCUACCAUUCGGUCCUUGGUUGCUGUUGGUGCUGGUGCAGCAAAGCUUGUUUCUUUGCCUGUUGAGAGCUAUAGGAAGGAUCAGAGAGUGCUUAAAGGAAUGCAGAGAGGUACAAUUGCAUUUCUUAGAAGUAUAUCACUUGAAGCUAUUGGACUUGGGGUGCAUUUGGCAGCGGGAGCUCACGAGAUUUUGCUCCAAGCAGAAUAUAUUCUCACAAGGAUUCCUCCUGUAUCAUGGCCUGUAAAAGCCAAAACAAAGCCUAAUGUGAGAUAUAAUCAGCCAAAAAGUGCCCAACAAGGAAUUCAGCAGGCAUAUGAGAGCCUCAGUGAUGGCCUAGGUAAAUCUGCUUCUGCUUUAGUUCAGGCACCAUUGAAGAAGUACCAGCGCGGAGCUAGUGCAGGAUCUGCCUUGGCAAUUGCUGUACAGGGUGUUCCCGCUGCUACUAUAGCUCAAGUUUCUGCAUGUGCAAGUGCAGCACAUUGUACUCUUCUUGGACUAAGAAAUAGCCUUGAUCCCGAGCACAAGAAAGAGUCCAUGGACAAGUAUUUGGGUCCUACUCAGCCAUGCGAUAGGAAUUGAUCCAAUGUAUGGAUUUCACCUUAACACAACAGACUGAUGUAUCUUGCCAUCCUAUCCGGAAUUCUCUUUGUAGUCAUGGUAGUCUGUAUGUCAUGUGAGUUGAACUCUCUUAUAACUUGCUCUUACAUACAUCCCUGAUAACAAAUUAUUGAACUUGCUUUAUCAAGUGGGAUAAAAAAUUGUCUAUGGUCUUGGCAAGCAUGGAGUAAAAAAGUUUGGUUUUAUCUUCGGUGAAAACUGCUCCAAUAAUUGUUGAGCGUUGUAGGCGGUGAUACAUCUCCAGACUGUGGUAGUAAUCGUGCCUUUGUUGAUUUGGAUUGUGUUUUGAGUCAAAUUUUUAACAGCAGUCGAAAAUACAAUUAUCACUUGUGCUUAACCUCAUUAAGAAGAAAUGUUUACAUAUAGCUUGUAUUUCUGGAAUCAAGAGAUUAAUCCUUCAGGCCAACACAUUAUCUCAUUGCUUACAAACUUAUUUCUGGCCCUGACCCUGAAGUAUUACAUUUUGUAUGCAGGUGUACAGUCGAUGAAAACCAUCAAAUAGAUUCUUUCUGGCAAUUUUGUUCAUAAUGUAAAUGCUGAUUGGUGCUUAUAAGAUUUUCACCAUACUGCCAGAUAAUUGUAAAUUAUAGUAAUGAAAAUUGGUUACUAGGUCAUAGAAAGAUGUGCCCUUGAUUUUUUCACAGCAGAAUGUAUGUUGAUUUCAUUCAUAGUAUAAGAUUUUAUCUUAUACAACAAUAAAUAUUAAGGUUUGAUAAUUUUUAAUGUGAUUAUGAGCUCUGUUUUUCUUGCA